UCCCCAGGCCUUUCUGCGCUGGGUCUGCAGGGUACCGGGGACAGGAGCAGUGGCGCGAGGGUCCUAGCAGCGCCGUGGCUUCUCCUAAAUCAGGAGUGGGUAUGCUGAGUCACGGAUCUGUCACCGCUUCGCACCUCUCCCCAGCCCUCAGGGGGCUAAAGCAAAAGCGAAAGCGAAUGCGCCAGGCAGGCGGCCGGUCCCAGAGCUGCGCUAGCCACCUCCCCAGGCCGGGCCAUUGCACCCGCGGCCGGCCCAGGGCACGCUGGCGGGACACUGCGGGUCGGACCGCCAUGGUCCCGCGGCAGCUCCGGGGCUGUCGAGUCCACGCUCUCGCCGCGUUGCUGCUACAGCUACUGCUCCUGCCGCCGGUGACGCUGGGUGCCACGUGUCCUAGCCCCACAUCUGUUGAACAUGCAGACAUUCGGGUCAAGAGUUACAAUUUACACUCCAGGGAACGAUAUGUUUGUAACUCUGGUUUCAAGCGGAAAGCUGGCACAUCCAGCUUGACCGAGUGUGUGUUUAACAAGACCACAAACAUCACCCACUGGACAACUCCCAAUCUCAAGUGCAUCAGAGAUUCCUCCCUGACUCACCAAAAGCCCUCCACAGUAGUGACAGCAAGGGUGACCCCAGAGCUAGAGAGCCCCUCCCUUUCUGGAAAAGAGCCAGCAGCUUUAUCUCCCAAGUCAGACACCACACUGGCCACAGAGACAGCCACUGUACCAGGCCCCUGGCUGAUGUCAUCUAAACCACCUUCUGUAGGCACCACGGGCAUAGGCAGUCACGAGCCCUCCCAAACCCCAUCUCAGAAAACAGCAGUGACCUUGGAGCACACACCCUCUACUUCCAAGGAGACACCAGGUGCCCAUCCAGAUAGCUCCAGAUAUGCUACUGUAAUCAUCGCAACAUCUGUUCCCGGGAGUUCACUUGUAGUGUGUUUGGUAUCAAUGCUGGCAUGUUACAUCAAAUCAAGGAAUACUUCCCAGCCACGUGCUGUUGAAAUGGAAACCAUGGAAGCAAAGCCAAUGACUGGAGGUACCAGCAGCAGAGAGGACGACACAGGAAAUGAUCCACUCAACCUCUAAAACCCAGGAAAACCAGCUGGGCUAAGUCUGGAACAAAGGAUCCAGCUCUACUUUAGCUGAAGAAGACCUAGAAGACACCAGGAAAAAGCCCAGCAGGAUAAACAAAGGUCCUUGGCUUGAUCUUAUGGACUGUGCCUGGGCACAUCCCAAAGGAGCGCACAGGUUCUCCAGCACCCAGUGGACACCUGGGUGGCCUCAUACACAGCCUGGUUCCCAAAGUCCAAACAGCUGCAAUUCUCCUGGGAGAGGCUGAAGGUCUUCAUGGAAGCCUCUCAUUUCACUCUGACACUGAUUCAGGAUAGCUUAUCCACUUGUCUACUCCAUACCUCAUCCUGACUUGCAGUCUACAGAGAACAGAAACAUACCUGGGGCUCUCAGUUAAUUACAAGGCUCUUCCUUGCUUGGGAAGACAUCAGCAUUUGAGUUCCUCAAAACUCUGUCUCCAGUACUCUGCAUGUAUUGAAAGGGAGCUGAGAAAGGCAGGAGAGAGAUUGAGCCAGUGAAUUCCCUCAUGUAAGGAUUGAGAAAGAAAACUGAACUCAGUGAUGUUUUGUAUGUGUGCUUUUAUAUUUAUACUUCUUUGUUAUAGUUACAUGUUAUAUGAUUUAUAUUUUGAAAGUGUGCCUUGUAUAAACAAAAUAAAAUACCUAUUUUCAAUAUUUAAAAAUGUACUGAAAGAAUCGCCAAAGAGAAAUGUUCCACAAAGGAAAAUAGAGGACAAAGAGUAGGAAUGCAGAGUCCAAAAUGAUUAGCCUUGGAUUUUCUUUCUAAAAUGAGGAAAAAAUUCUUUCCUAGACCUAGCCAGACCACAGAUUUGAGGUGUUUGUACCAAAAUUUCCAUGUGAGGAGAAGCAACAUGAUCUAAACAAUAGCAAGUUUGGGCCCAGCUACCAUGGUACACACAUUCUUUCUUUUUUUUUGGUACUGGGGAUCAAACUUGGGACCUUGGGCUUGCGAGGCAGGCAGCGGAAGCACUGAGCUAAAUCCCUGGCCCACACAUUAUUUCUUUUCUUCCCUGCAUUACUGUUGUUAUUGUUUUGCUGUUUAUACUUAUUCCUAAAACCACAGGCCUAAUACCAUGUCCUCAUUUUACACAGAUAAGAAAACUAUGGACUAGAGAAAUUGACCUGAUCAAGUUCACACAGCUCAACCAAUGCCGGAGCUUGAACAGAACUGGUACUGGACUUAGGCAAGGAGAAGAGCAGUCCUGAUUGUAAACUGUCUGCCAACUGCCCCCUGCACUUGAAGGGUAGGGGGGGCACCACAAGAUUUGGAAGGUGGACACGAGCACAGCACCCAAUCAAUAUGCUGCCGGAAGUACUCCAAGUGCCACUUCUCACUGACUUCAAGUCUUCAAUUUAGGAGUGUUCAUCAAAAUUACAGAAGCCUUUCCACAUAGCUGCUUGGGCUUGCUCACAGAAUGAUGGUCUUGGGCCAGUCAGACUGCUCAUGAGGUGAAUGAAAGAAAGUAGAAGCUGUCAGACCCCUUAAAGAUUAGACCAGAAACUGUCUAAAUCACAUAGCACUCCUGUUGCAUUGUAUUGGUCAAGGCAAGUCACAAAGCCAGUCCAGUUUUAAGAGGAAGGAGAAUGACCAAUGGAGGGAAGGGAUCAA